AUGGAAAGGCUUAUCCCCAUUCAGCGCGAAAACUGGAGCUUCUUUGACCGGCAAAGGCAAGUCUUCAGCACUUUGGCCAAGAGAGAUGACAGCGAGUUUUCAGAGUUCGACAGAGAGCUAGAACGGAUUCGCAAUGAGAUGUUCACCCUGACAGCCCCGGACUUUAGCGACGCCGGCUCCUCCUAUCUCAAGCCGGACCGUCCUAUUGUUUCAGACGAGGAGGGAAAUAAAAGGCUUUCUCUGAGGUUCGACUGUAAAGAUUUUAAACCAGAGGAGAUCUCAGUGAAAACGGUGGACAACAAGCUGAUGGUGCAUGCCAAACAUACAGAGGAGUCUCCUGGCAGAAAGGUCUAUCGCGAGUACAGCCGUCAAUAUGUCCUGCCUCAGAAGAUAGAUCCACUCACUUUAAAAUCUACUUUGGCUUUAGACGGAGUCCUCAGCAUUGAAGCCCCAGCGCCACCUACCGUAGAAGCUCCAAGGGAAAGAAUUCUCCCCGUGAUGCGUCUGUAA